UAAAGUGAAAAGGUGAACCAAAAAGAAAAUAUGCUAAUGGAAAAAGCAUUGAUACGUGAAAUGCAUAACACUGUAGUUCUUUGACUGACACUAACUCUGGUGUCCGGAGCUUUUGGAUCCUUUGUAAUCCAGUGCUCACCAGGAAUUUAGUUCAAGACCUUAAUGACAAAUUGUAUGUAGGCCUAUAUUACAUUUUCAAAACGAGCUAACUCGCCUAAGUUCUUUAACACAAAAACAUCGUAAAACAAAGCUAUGCUUCUCAUUUCAAUUACUGAGUCGUUAAUUAGCCGAAACGCCUUCACCUGGUUGUCGCUGGCCAGGUGCAACAGCUAACGUCUCUGUUCGGGUAGAACUGCCUACACGUCGGCCACGGUCUGCACCUGUUCUGGGCUGUGUAUUUACCUUCUGCAACGGACGUCCGCGGUUCAGAUGAUGACUGUUCGUGUCGGAUGGCUAACAGACGGGGUCAGAGACAGGCAGCAGGGGGUCAGCCCAACAGAAGACCACAAGAGCACCCAGGCCUCCAGGACACCUACCACCUCCGUGGGAGACCCAGCCCGCCACUCAACGACCUCCACAGCACCACCUGGUGGUCACACAGGGAGGAGCCAAGCGAGAGCACCACCUCCUACCGGGAGCAACUGACUGACAAAGAGCAGCACAUUGCCAGACUACAGAGCGCGCUGAGGCGUGAGAGAGAAAAGAGUUCCAGCCUGCAGUCUCGGUACAGCCAGCAGGGGGUGGAGUUGAGGCGUCGAGAGCAGCACAGUGUCCGGCUGAGAGAGAGGCUGACCGAGAGACCGAGAGAAAGGGGUCCCUCCAUGGAGCUUUUGAACCCGAUAAAGAGGGACCAACCUGCCAGGCCAGCCCGGACCAAUGGAAGGACCGAGGAGGCGGCUCUACGUGCCAUGCUGGAGAGGAGGGAGGCGGAGUUGAGGGAGGCCAUGAAGCUCCGACACAAGCUCGCCACACUGCUGCACGCCCUGCGGGCGGAGAUGGAACGGAGCCUGUUGGACCCAGUGGACGAGGACCCGGGCGACAAGACGUUGGUCCAAUCAGAGCAGUUGCUGGGUGACCAUGUGACAGGAGGCGUGGUCCAGGCAUGGAAGAGUGUUCAGAGGAGACUAGGGGACCUGUUCAGUCAAGGUCAUGCUUCUGUGGGAACAGACCAGGAGAAGCUUUUGGCCCAGCUACAGACAGAGCUGGAUCAGAGUCAACAGUUGAUCAGAGAGCAACAGCAGCUACUACAGGACAAUGUGCUCACGGCGCUCCCAGAAUCUCUGACUGACGGUUACUUCCUGGAAGACUGGGAAAGGCUCCAGGCUCAAAGGGCGGAGCUAGAACUCCAGAGGUGCAGCUUUAAGCGGGAGAGGUGGGCCUUCACCGACGCCGCCAUCCGACUGGGCCACGAGCGGCUUGAGUUUGAACAGCAGAGGGCAAGCGUGGUGAAGCAGCAGUAUCUGUCUGACUUCACGUUGGGUAGAACCACAGAGUACCAUGACAGGAGAGAGAGCACCAGCCUCAGUCUCUCGGGCUCGGAUCACAUGAUCUUGUCCGGCUGCCCAGCCAGGCCCUCUCCCGCUGAGUCCGGGGUCACCCACUGGUCCGUGUCAUCGGGGUGGCGGCCAGGUGGUGGCGGGUUUGGAGUUUACACGCCCGGCACCCCAGACCUGUACUCUGCCCUCCUUCACCCCGGCAACAGCAGGUCCUGUGAGACCGUUGCCCAAUCGGAGACCUGGCAUGAAGAGACAGGAAGAGUCCCACACGCUCACUUUGGUCCCCACCCUGACUGGUCCAUUUAAUAUGAUUGUAGGCAUCGUUUUCCACUGCAGAACACUGCUGGUUUCAGGUCUACCUGUGGUCCCUUGCAGCCUCUGUUCUUUAAAAAUGUUUUU